GGAUCAAUAGGCGGAUCGGAAAAAUUCGUCUCCCAUGUACAGUACCUUGAGCUCCUGCCGCCUUAGUAGCAAUUACAAUUUAUUGAUUUCGAUAUUCAAUUGUCAAUUGUGAACAGCCAUCCCCAAACGCGCCUUAUCGUCGAACCCAAUUCCGAUCAGACUUCUCGCCAGAUAGCAAAAUGACGUCGACAAUCGGAAUCCCCAUCAAGCUUCUCAACGAGGCGCAAGGCCACAUCGUCACGUUGGAGAUCACCUCGGGCCAGACAUACCGUGGCAAGCUGUUAGAAGCUGAGGAUAACAUGAACGUGCAGCUCAAGGAUAUCACGGUCACUGCGCGAGACGGCCGAGUGAGCCAUCUGGAUCAAGUUUACAUCCGUGGAAGCCACGUGCGAUUCUUCAUCGUACCUGACAUGUUGAAAAAUGCACCCAUGUUCCGAAGCCGCAACGCCCGAGGUCGUGGUGUUGGUCUAGCCCGAGGACGAGCUACAGUCAGCCGAGCGAGAGCGAGCGGGCGCGGAGGACGAUGAUCAGAUUCGGUUUGAGGAGGCUAUUUUACGACAUGCACCGGGCGGGCGUUUAAUGGGAGUGAAAAGUUUGGCAUGCCGAUUGGUGAUUGACUACCGGUUGCCAACGGACGAAGCUACCUACAUAUCGUGUUCCUGGUUAGGAAGCAACAGAGCAAGAUUCUUUUGGGGGUUCGCUUUUCUUCUACUCAAACCUAUGGCACCGUCUCCAGAGAUCUCAUUCCGGUAAUUUGAAUGGAUGGAGUCAACGAUGGGAGGCAAGACUCGAACAGGUAGCCAAUAUUAGCACCUGGUUUUUGUAGCUUGGAGAAAGAUGAAUUCACAGCUGACUUGCUGAAGCACACGGUGAUACAGAGAUAUUGACUUAAGGAGACUACUUUGUGAUAUGCCUCGACCAUUACCCUCUAAGCCUAACAUUGGAUCUCUGGAGCUUACUACUAUGUACUGGCUCAAAAUUUACAAGGAACGAAAAAUUGGGGUUUGCAAUGUCGAAAUCACGAUGCCCGUACGAAGGGGUAAUAGUUGAAGUGGUAUCACCGUUAUGGUACAACUAACGAAUCACUUCUACGAAGAGCUCAACUGCCACAGUAAUUUUGCCACAUCAUUAUAAUGCAUUGAGAUGGUACCAUUUAAAUUGGCUUUAGUUCAUUUAUCAUUUAUUCGUAACUAGUCAUCUAGUUAUUGAGUCCCAAUGCU